CGCGGCAUGGCGUCUCACUGCUCUUUGCAGGCCAAGCGCCUGCUCCUGGACCCCAAGUUCGAGGGUUACAAGCUGUCCCUAGAGCCGCUGGCCUGCUACCAGCUGGAGCUCGACGCGGGAACUGAUUUCAGGAAUCCUUGUCUCAAAUGACCUGAGAUUUGGAGUUCUGCCUGUGUGGCAUCCCAAAUUUCAUGGCAGUAAGAUGAGCAUGACCAUCAAGAAAACUUGAACCUGGAAGGCUGUAGAAAGGAAGGAAUGAACUUCAUCCUAGUGUAAAAUCUCCUAUAAACUAUUUGAGCACAUGCUGUAGCAGAAGUGAAGCUUCGUGAUGAUCAGUAUACCCUUGACCACAUGCGUGCUUUUGGCAUGUAUAAUUAUCUACAUCUUGAUUCCUGGUACCAGGAUAGUGUCUACUAUGUUGAUCAGUUUGGAAGGAUUAUGAAUCUGUCAGUGACCCUGGACACUGCUCUACAAAAACCAAGAGAAGUUUUCCGGCUGCCUACAGAUUUGACAGCUUAUGAUAAUCGCCUUUGUGCCUCAAUACACUUCUCAUCUUCCACAUGGGUUACCCUUUCUGAUGGUACAGGAAGACUGUAUUUAAUUAAAUCAGGCAAGCGUGGAAACAGUACAUCUGAAAAGUGGGAGAUUGUGUUUAAUGAAGAACUAGGAAAUCCAUUUACUAUCACACACAGUGUUUCAUUUGUAAAAUCUGAUACUCAUUCAGUAGCUGUGCUGCUGCUUAGGGUAGAAAAAGAUGAAUUGGACACAAAAGGAAGUGGAUUUCAUAUUACCUUGGAAUGGGUUACAAUUGCAGAGAUAAGCAAAGAGGGUGAUCACAGAUAUGAAAUCUUGAAAAGGAGAGUUUUGCAAGGAAAAUCAGUCCCCCAUUAUGCAGCAAUAGAGCCAAGUGGGGAUGGUUUAAUGAUUGUUUCUUACAAACCAUUCAAAUUUAUGCAAGGUGAAGACAACAAAUCAGAAGAAAAUGAUGAGGCAGAAGCAACAAAGGAAAAGAAAGACCCUCUCUAUUACUGGCAGCAGACUGAAGAUGAUGUUACAAUAACAGUGCACAUUCCUGAAGACAUCACUAAGGAUGACAUAAAAGUACGCUUUUCCCCAGAUACCAUAUGUGUUAUACUGAAAGAUCAGCCUCCCUUGAUGGAAGGAAAACUGUAUUCAUCUGUGGACCACGAAAGCUGCACAUGGAUAAUUAGAGAGAACAAAAGUUUGGAAAUUUCUCUAAUUAAGAAAAAUGAGGGACCCCGGUGGCCAGAGCUAAUAGUUGGUGACACAAGAGGGGAAUUCAUUAUGGACUCUUCACAAUGCUCUGAAAUAUCUGAAAGCCUGAUGCAUCUUACCUCUGAAGUAAUGAAUCCAAACCCUGAGAAGGAAAACCCACCUUGUAAUGCUCAAGAAUUAGAAGAAUGUGAUGCUUUUCUUGAAGAUAGUGCAAGCUUGUGCAGAUUUGAUGGUGAUACCUUGAAAAUCACUCAUGUAAUUAAUCUUGGAAGCAACCAGUAUCUUUUCUCAGUUGUUGUGGAUCCUAAAGAAAUGCCAUGCUUCUGCCUGAGGCAUGAUGUUGAUGCUCUUCUCUGGCAGCCCCACUCUGACCAACCAGAGAACAUGUGGGAGCACAUUGCAACUUUUAAUGCUUUAGGUUACGUCCAAGCAUCAAAGCAAGACAAGAAGUUCAUGGCUUGUGCUCCAGAUUAUUCCUACGCUGCUCUCUGUGAGUGCUUACGACGAGUUUUCAUCUAUCGCCAGCCAACUCCUCUGGCCACAGUUCUGUACAACAGGAAGGAAGGAAGACAAGUUGGACAGGUUGCUAAGCAGCUAGUAACAACCCUGGAAGCCAAUGAUCCUAUCUUAGGCUUUCAAGCUACAAGUGAGAGAUUAUUUGUUCUCACAACAAAAACCUUGUUUUUAAUAAAGGUGAACUCUGGAAAAUAAUUAUUCAGUAUAUUCUGCUUCAGUUUAUGUUAACGAUUUGUUAAAGAGCUGGCAAGGUAAAUGCUCUGAGAAGUUCAGAACUAUCUGCUGAAGCUUAAAAAGGGGUAUUUUACAGGGGAAUCAAAAUUUUUCAUUAAAAUUUAUCUGUAAAAUAGAAAGUUUUUCAACUUGGCUGUCUCUGAAGUAAGCUUUUUCAGAUCUAUGGGAAGAUGUCUUCUGCACUAACAGCUUUCUCAAAGCAGUUUUCAGAAGCUGCUACUGCAUAGGUGGAUAGAUUUAUGCAUUAUUUUUUCCAACUGUUUCCCAUACUUGCGAGUUUUGAGAAUUCAUUUCUGUUUUUAAAUGCCACUGUUUACCUAUGAAAAAAGAAGUCAGAUAAAAAGGAUAAAGCCUUGAGUUGCAGGCAUACAAUGUACAAAGAAGUGUGUAUCGUAAGGAAAAGAAAUCCCAAAUUCCAAUGCUGUUGGCAAAAAAAAAUUAUUUAAUAUUUCAAUAUUCAGUAGCAUCAAGUGAAAUGUGAAUGGAAUGAAUGGAGUAUUUUGUUUCUUAUACAGGCAAUUAAUUCAAAUGGAAUUAUUUCAUUGCAUAUCCAGAUUUAGGUUAUUGACUUGGGACUUAAUGCUUGCAGUGAAAUUUCUUCCUAUUUCAGGAGACACUGAAUAGCUUUUAGUAGCUUUUUCCUGAAGCAAAGUAAGGGUCAGUGUGAUUACCCAUUGGGUGGUAUUAGUUUUAUUUUAAAUUGGCAUUGUCAAUACAGUUAAACCAAAAAUGGGUCAGUUGUGACAGCUCCACCCUGGGGUGUUUUGCAUUCUUUUAUUCAUGUUUAGCUUACAACCCCGUAGCAAAGAAUGUCUCGUAUGUUGUGUACUGGCAGGAAAGCUGUUGGGAUCUGUGGUACCAAAGUACUGAGACAGCCACGGAUUACUGAGACAGACACAGUUGUAACAAGUGGCCUAACUGUGCAUCUCCUCCAGUAUUAUUUCAGACUUCUGUAAGAAUCUACUUGCGAGGAAAAUAAGCAUUCCUUUUUUAUGGACUAGCAGUUUCUUAGUUGUGAUUGUUUUGACUCUCCUGUAAAUUCUCCAGACUUGUGUCAGUGAAAUUAUUAAAUCAUGUAGUGAGAAUUGAAGAGGGAGACAAGCAGUUUUGGCUUGCAAAAAUGCCUCCAAAUGCAGGAGCUUUUCAAGGAACCUGAUUUUCCUCCUCCAUGUAGCAGUAUUGUAUAUCCAAUAUUGACAAGUUUGUCCUUACUCUUACCUGCGUAAGUUAAAACAGACUUUGAUUUGCAGACCUUCCCUUCUCAUUCUGGUGUUUGGUUGUUGGUUUGGUUUGUUUGGUUUUGUUGUUUUUAACUGACUUGAAAAUGUUUUUUAAAAAGGCUCAGUGAAUGUAUUACUGUUCCGUGUCUGGUUUGGAUCUACAUUGUCAUUGUUGGGCAGUAAUGUCAAACAAGGUGGUAGAGUUCAUGCAGAGCUCCAUCAAAAAAAGUUUUAUAGAGAUGAUUACUUUGCAACAUAAAGUGCUCAUAGAUUUAUAUGAAUAUUACUUAGUAACCUGAGAUUUAAUCAUUGGGAACACAGAGUUAGGAACACUAUGUGUUAUUUGGGGAAUGCAGGAAUAAAGGAGGA